AUGCUUGCUUUGGCUGUCAUGAGCCCUUUAAGGUUCUCUGUGAUGGAACUUUUGUGUAUCACUUCCGCCGAUACUGCCCUAUCCAAAACUCUAGGUACUACAGUCAAGAUCUUUACUACCAGCCUUGGCGAAUCCUAUUCUGAAUAUCUUAAUGCAGCUUGUAACCUUAUAACUGCAAGGGGUGAUUGGGGGGGGGGGGGGGGGGGGACGACCAAUGCACAGUCUUUGUGCCUAAAGAUUGAAGAAAGGAUACCAGUUGUUCCUGUAAUCAUUGGUCUUCGAAAUGCCCUAUUACUCGAACAGCCGUCUGCCUUUCAACACCAGUUUGCCAAGUCUGCUGAGAAGGAACGUUCGCAUAUGACUGAGUUGGAGUAUCAAAUGAUAAACAUGGGGACAAAGAAGCUGGUCACUGAGUAA